CAUUUUCAUGUGGAUUUCCCCCUUCGCACAAACUACAUGUAUAUCAAGAUCAAGCACACUCUGCAACAUGAAAUCUUUGCCUUUUCCAUCUGUCUCUGGCUCAAGUCAACUUCAUCUCCAGGGAUAGGCACACCUUUCUCCUACUCAGUGCCCAGCCAAGCCAAUGAAGUGGUGCUUAUUCAAUGGGGAAAUAACCCCAUGGAGUUGCUCAUCAAUGAUAAGGUUGCCACCUUGCCAUUGGCUGUUAAUGAUGCCAAAUGGCACCACAUCUGUGUGACAUGGUCCACUCGGCAUGGCAUCUGGAAAUCUUACCAGGAUGGUGUCCAAACAGGGAAUGGGGAGAAUCUGGCUCCUUGGCAUCCUGUGAAACCCGGCGGUGUUUUCAUACUAGGCCAGGAGCAGGACACCCUUGGUGGCCGCUUUGAUGCCACUCAAGCGUUCAUUGGGGAAAUGUCAGAUUUCAACAUGUGGAGCUAUAUUGUGACACCUGCUGAAAUUUACAAGAUGGCAACCUGCAGUAGCUCCAUUGGUGGUGAUCUUAUUAAUUGGACUGAAAACUCUAUAGAACUUCAUAGAGGAGUGAUCAAACUACCAUAUAAUGCCUGCCACUAAGAAUCAACCAAAGAAACAUGGACAUAACAUUCUCUGGAAGAGAAAGAUACCUAAUGGUUAAAGGCAAAGCACGGGAGGACCUCAAGAUUUAUUUCAUACAGUGGUAGAAAGGGUUGGGAAAUAAAAAUUUCCAGGUUCCU